AUGCCUCUCUCUGUCUUGGAUCUAAUUAGCAGCCGCGCUAAAAACCUCGGCUUCCGCUUCAAGGCGAUGCUCUUCACUCAAGCGAGCACGCGGAACUUCAGGUACCCGACGAUGGUUUACAUCCACGGCGAGUCGUACGAGUGGAACAGCGGCAACCCGUACGACGGCUCCGUGCUGGCCGUGUAUGGCGAGGUCAUCGUGGUUACUAUCAACUACAGGCUCGGCCUGCUCGGUUUCCUGAACACAAAUGAAGACCCACUGAAGCGGUCCAUCACCAACUACGGGCUCAUGGACCAGAUCGCAGCGCUGCACUGGCUCAACGAGAACAUCGCGGCCUUCGGCGGUGAUCCUGAGAGCAUCACAAUCUUCGGCCACGGCACCGGCGCCGCCUGCAUCAACUUCUUACUCACCUCGCGCGCCGUCCCAUCAAAUUUUGUCACGUGUUCCUAA